CCUCAAUUGAACCUGCAUAACACUUUGAAACAGCCAGAUUUUCGAUUACAAGCCCCCUAGAUACGUCCAAGAUGAGCUCUACUACCACCCCACCACCCCGCAUCCGAGCAGCGCUCUUCGACAUGGACGGUCUCCUCAUCGACUCCGAAGACCUCUACAGCAUAGUAACCAACAAGAUCCUCGAACGCUACGGUCGCCCUCCCCUCCCAUGGUCCAUAAAAGCGCAACUACAAGGCCGACCCGGCCCCCAAGCCGGCAAGAUCUUCCACGACUGGGCGCAACUCCCCAUCUCACACGAACAAUUCCUUGUCGAGCAAAAAGAGCUUCAGAAAGAUAUCUUCAAGAACACGAAGCCGUUACCAGGUGUUAUGGACUUGCUUGCAGGGUUGAAGAGCAGGGGCGUACACAUGGCGCUUGCGACGAGCAGUAACAAGAACAACUUCGAGAUCAAGAGCAAGCAUCUGGGCGAUCUGUUUGAGCACUUCAAGAAGGAACAUCAAGUCCUAGGCGACGACCCCAGGAUACCUUCUGGACGCGGGAAACCCGCGCCGGACAUCUACCUCCUCGCUCUCUCCACACUCAACAAGUCCCUCGAAGCAGAAGGCCAGGCACCCAUUCAACCAGAAGAAUGUCUUGUAUUUGAAGACAGCGUGCCGGGCGUUGAGUCGGGAAGGAGAGCGGGUAUGCAGGUAGUUUGGUGUCCGCAUCCGGAGUUGCUGGUGGAGUAUAAGGGGAGGGAGAAGGAGGUUCUGGCGGGGUUGACGGGCGAACAUAAAGAGGAUGAGGAGAAACAGUUGCAGAAGAGUGAGGUUGAGGUGACACAGGGGAAGAGGAAGGUUGGUAUGCCGGGGGAGAUUGACGAUGGGUGGGGGAGGUUGCAUAAGAGCUUGGAAGACUUUCCGUAUGAUAGUUAUGGGAUGGGUGAUAAGGCGUAAGAGGUAUAGAUGGGCUGGUUUGCUUUGCUAAACGUAGAAUAUGGGUUUGUCAGUCAGUUGAUGCGUGUACUAUAGGAUAUGAGGAAGAUCCCAAAGAUCAUCGAGUCUUGAACACUAAAUGUCAAACCUGCUGCAAUUCAAAUUUAGUCAUGAAAA